AUGAUUAGGGGGAGAAGCAGAGUCCGAUGCUUCAGGAGAAGGCAAGUCCAGGUCUCAGGAGAUAGCAGAGUCCUAGGAUCUAGAGAAGCAGAGUCCAGGGAAUUCUCAGAAGAAGCAGAGUCCAGGAUCUCAGGAGAAGGGCAGAGUCCAGGAUCUCAGGAGAAGCAGAGUCCAGGAUCUCAGGAGAAGCAGAGUCCAGGAUCUCAGAGAAGGCAGAGUCCAGGAUUCAGGAGAAGCAGAGUCCAGGAUCUCAGGUCAGAGUCCAGGAUCUCAGGAGAAGCAGAGUCCAGGAUCUCAGGAGAAGCAGAGUCCAGGAUCUCAGGAGAAGCGAGUCUCAGAUCUCAGGAUGAGCAGAGUCUAGUGUCAGGAGAAGCAGAGUCCAGGAAUCUCAGCAAGAGCAGAGUCCAGGUAGGAGUGCAGAGAGAAAGCAGAGUCCAGGAUCUCAGAAGAAGCAGAGUCCAGGAUCUCAGGAGAAGCAGAGUCCAGAGUCCAGGAUCUCAGGAGAAGCAGAGUCCAGGAUCUCAGGGAAUAGCAUAG